AUGGCACGCUUUAGCAGACCCGUUCUUUUCAUCCUCACUACCCUCUUCCUAUGCUACGGCUUCAGCACCGCCUUCCCCUCCCUAGCAGGAGUUCUCGAACCCCGUUGCUGGCGCAAAGCUUGCGACGACUGCGAGCGCGUGACCGUUACCAUCGAUCACCCUGGUUCCUGCAACAAUGUUAACCGCGACAAUCUCAAGACAGCCAUCGACAACACUUUCUCCACCUAUUACGGUAACUGCAGAGGCGAAGAGGCCUUCUUCAACAACCAGGCGAUUCCCGGUAUUCAGGGAAUUGGUUGCAGAGUCACUGUCAACUUCCCUCGUGGCAACAAGGGCGUUGACUGGGGCGGUAUGAUCGGCUCCGACCUGAUUGGAACCGGAAGCUGGGCAAUCUCUGGAACCUCUACCGAUGGCAGUGUGCACUGCGGCGGUUCCUGCCAGUGGUAA